AUGUACACCUUGAAUUUCAAUUCAUCAGAAACAGCACCGGAGGAAUUCCAAUUCCCCAAGACAAGAAGGUUAUUCAAGUCCACGUUUGUAGCCACCACAGUAGCAGCUUGUACAGCCGCGUCUCUUUUGCUGAUCAUCGCAUUCCCAAUUCCCCCAAUUAACCUCAGAGAAGAACUCGAGCCGGGAAAAUCAUCAUGUGCCAGCAGGCGUCAUUGCCAUAAGAGCUCAUCAAGCUAUCACAAACCUCCAUCUCCUUACCUUCUCUCCGUGCUCCGAGACUACGAACAACGCCACAAGCGUUGCGAGCCUCUCACCAAAUCCUUCAACCGAAGUUUUUUCCAAGUAUCAUCGUCGCCCGUGGGCGCGAAUCACCAGCCAUCCCACGUCGACGAUGACGACUGCAGCUACGUCGUCUUCACCCGACCCACCAACGGGCUGGGCAACAGGAUGCUCAGCAUGUCAUCCGCGUUUCUCUACGCUCUCCUCACGAACCGGGUUCUUCUGGUCGACUUCGGCCCUGACAUGACGCACCUCUUCUCCGAACCGGUUCCAAACUCAACCUGGUUGUUUCCUGAAGACUCCCGUUUCGGGAACAGGAUCUAUGGCUCCAAAGUCGACGACUUUGGCAGCCUGAUGAAGAAUAAUAAUAAUAAUCAUACUGCAGUGCUAGCGAACAAUUCCUCAUCGUUCCUACAUGUGAACCUUGGAUACGGGUACGAUGACUAUGACAAGCUUUUCUAUAGCAACGAGGUUCAAGACGGUCUCCAAAAAGUCUCGUGGCUAAUUCUCAAAUCGGACCAAUACUUCGUUCCAUACCUUUUCCUGAUGUCAGGAUUCAGGGCGAAGCUGGACAGAAUGUUUCCUGACAAGGAGACUGUUUUCCACCACCUGGGGAGAUACCUAUUCACCCCGUCAGAUCAAGCCUGGGGGCUCAUCGCCAGGUUCUACGACGCUUACCUGGCGAAUGCUGACGAGAGAAUCGGGCUUCAGAUCCGUGUGCUCGACACGAAAGCCAGCCCGACGGCUCUAGUCCUGAAGCAGGUACUGAGGUGCGCACAGAAGGAGGCUCAAAUCCUUCCACCUUUAGCAACCAAACAAAACGAGACCGCCACGAAGAAGCUCGCGAGCAAGAAAACAUCGUAUAACAAAGCGGUUCUAGUGGCGUCGUUGUCCAGCGAAUUCUAUGUCGAAUUGAAGGACAUGUUUUGGAAGAGAGCAAGUGCUUCUACAGGUUCGGAUGGAGAAGUUGCAGUAGGGUUUCACCAGGCUAGUCACGAGGAGGUGCAACGUUCGAACGACGGUUCGCACAACAUGAUGGCGUGGGUUGAUAUCUAUCUGUUGAGUUUGUGCGACGUUUUGGUGACGAGCGGUUGGUCGACUUUCGGGUAUGUGGCUCAAGGUCUUGGAGGGUUGAGACCUUGGAUUCUGCAGAUUCCUGAUACCAAGUACGGCGGAGGGGAAACUCUGUGGGGGAAUGCUUGUCGACGGGCGGUUUCGAUGGAGCCGUGUUUUCAUUUUCCUCCUAGUUAUGAUGGCAACAAGGUAGGGGUUAGGGUUGAUGGUGAAGAGGGAGGGGGUUCCCCUAGUGUUGUACAUUGUGAAGAUGUAGGUGGGGGAUUGAAGCUAGUAAAUGUUUAG